CCGGGUUUUCCGCGAGCCCGAGCGGUGGGCCUCCAGCAUGGGGCCCGGUGGUCUGGCGCGGCUGCAUGGGCUCUUCGCGGCCUACAAGCCCCCGGGGCUAAAAUGGAAGCAUCUGCGGGACACCGUGGAGUUGCAGCUUCUGAAGGGUCUCAAUGCUGGGAAGCCUCCUGCCCCUGAACAGCGUGUUCGCUUCCUGCUGGGCCCUGUGGAAGGCGGCGAAGAGAAGGAGCUGACCCUCACAGCCACCAGUGUGCCCACCCUCACCGACCAUCCGCUGGUGUGUGGACCGACAUUCACCAGCCUGAAGGUUGGCGUAGGACAUCGGUUGGAUGCCCAGGCUUCUGGGGUGCUUGUGCUCGGCGUGGGACGUGGACGCAGGCUCCUCACCGACAUGUACAACGCUCACCUCACCAAGGAUUACACGGUGCGCGGCCUCCUGGGCAAAGCCACAGAUGACUUCUGUGAGGACGGGCGGCUGGUGGAGAAGACAACAUAUGACCACGUGACCAGAGAGAAGCUGGACCGGAUCCUCGCCCUGAUCCAAGGUUCCCAUCAGAAGGCCCUGGUGAUGUACUCCAGCCUUGACCUGCAGACCCAGGAGGCCUAUGAGAUGGCCGUGAGAGGUCUGAUCCGGCCCACAGACAAGUCCCCGAUGCUGAUAACCGGCAUCCGAUGCCUCCACUUUGCGCCUCCGGAGUUCCUCCUGGAGGUGCAGUGCAUGCAUGAGACGCAGAAGCAGCUGCGAAGGCUGGUGCAUGAAAUCGGCCUAGAGCUGAAGACCACUGCGCUCUGCUCCCAAGUGCGGCGGACGCGUGACGGCUUCUUCACCCUCGAUGACGCCCUCCUGAGGACCCAGUGGGACUUACACAGCAUCCAGGAUGCCAUCCAGGCCGCAGCCCCCCGGGUGGCAGCAGAGCUGGAGAAGAGCUUGAGGCCGGAGCCGGGCACCCAGCAGCUCCCUGGUCUAGGCCGGCCCUGGGACUCCAAGGGGCCCAGCUCUGGCUUGGGGCUGGAGAGUUGUGCAGGGCAUUGAAAGGCCAGGCAUUUGGUGGGGCAGUGGGUGGAUAAAGAUAAGACUUGGUCGUGAGCCGGAACUGAUGACUACAGAAAGUGAGAGUUGGAGAAGCUUUUCUACAUGUGACAUAAAACUCUGAAGCUAUAAGAGAAGAAAUCAGCAGACUUGACCCAACUAAAAAGGGGAAACUUCUGCAUGGAGGGAAGGACGGUAAAUGAGUGAUAGACUGAUAAAAAUAUUUGUCAUAUGUUUAACUGAGAACUAAUAUCCAUGAUAUAUAAAGAAUGCUUAUAAAACAAUAAGAAAAAGAUGACUGAAAAAUUGGGCCAUUGACAUGAAUUGUGUGUAUGUAUAUAAAAAAGAAAUCCAAAUGGCCGGUAAAGCAGAAGUGAUGCUCAAUCUCGCUAAUAAUGAAAGUCAUACAGAGGAGAAUGAGAUGACUUUUCCUUGCCUUUCAAAAAAAUUAAUAAAAAGAUAACUACCA